GUCAGCUGACUGACAGCAGGCUAACUAACGGCGGCUCAGGUCGGAUCUUCGCCUCGGUUCUCCGGUUGCUCACACACGGAUCUGACGGAUCGGACGCGAUGCCUUUCUCCGAGCUCUACUUCAACGUGGAUAACGGCUACCUGGAGGGUCUGGUCCGGGGCUUCAAGGCCGGGAUCCUGUCCCAGGCGGACUACCUGAACCUGGUCCAGUGCGAAACUCUGGAGGACCUGAAGCUCCACCUCCAGAGCACUGACUACGGCAGCUUCCUGGCCAAUGAGGCGUCUCCUCUCACCGUGUCCGUCAUCGACGACAAGCUGAAGGAGAAGAUGGUAGUGGAGUUCCGCCACAUGAGGAACCAAUCCUAUGAACCUUUGGCCAGUUUUAUGGACUUUAUCACGUACAGCUACAUGAUCGAUAACGUCAUCCUGCUGAUCACCGGAACCCUCCACCAGAGGGCGAUCUCUGAGCUGGUCCCAAAGUGUCAUCCGCUGGGCAGCUUCGAACAGAUGGAGGCCGUCAACAUCGCUCAGACUCCAGCUGAGCUUUACAACGCCAUCCUGGUCGACACACCGCUGGCUGCAUUUUUUCAGGACUGUAUAUCUGAACAGGACCUGGAUGAGAUGAACAUUGAAAUCAUCCGUAACACACUAUACAAGGCAUAUCUGGAGGCUUUCUAUAAGUUCUGUUCAAACUUGGGUGGAACCACAUCUGACACUAUGUGUCCAAUCCUGGAGUUUGAGGCCGACAGACGAGCCUUCAUCAUCACCAUCAAUUCAUUCGGCACAGAGUUGUCCAAAGAGGAUCGCGCCAAACUCUUCCCUCACUGUGGGAAACUUUACCCAGAAGGCCUUGCACAGCUGGCCCGAGCUGACGACUACGAGCAGGUCAAAGCUGUGGCCGACUACUAUCCUGAGUACAAACUGUUGUUUGAAGGAGCUGGUAGUAACCCGGGAGAUAAAACUCUGGAGGACCGCUUCUUCGAACAUGAGGUGAAGUUGAACAAACUGGCCUUUCUGAACCAGUUCCACUUCAGCGUCUUCUACGCCUACGUCAAACUGAAGGAGCAGGAGUGCAGGAACAUCGUGUGGAUCGCAGAGUGCAUCGCUCAGAGGCACCGCGCCAAGAUCGACAACUACAUCCCCAUCUUUUAAAAGUCUGCAUUGUCUCCUCCUCCUCUUCUCAGACCGGGCAAUAACAACCAAAAAACACAGAAUACAAAUCCCAUUCCAUUUGUCGGUUAUCACGAUAAAUGCCAGAUCACUGUUUUUUUUGUUUCCAGCUUCAGAAUCAGACCUAAUCAGAUGGCUAUUUGUGGGUUUUAAAUUAUUUGUAUGAGACGACAGAACAGUUGGAGUCUGUCAUUUUGACAUGUAGUGUUGGUUUUGUUCACGGUGACGUCAUGUGUCCAUUUGCCGGCUGUCGAAACGAGGUGGAAAAAAAAACAUCAAAGACGGUUUUCUGUGGUUUUUAAAAGUCGAACAUGACAAACGCCACAGCAGAAUAUUACCAGAGUCUAGAACACUGAGAAUGAAAACAGUUUGAAUUUUAGAAUAUGAAGGAGAAUCAAGUCCAGCCUUUAUUACAAUGUUUUGUUUUAGCUGAGAAUGAAAACAGUUGAAACCAUAAAGACAAUGAACCAUUUAAUGUAACGUGAAAUAUCCUGAUAAACAGGUGAUCGUCCAGUCCUGUCCUCUUCAUCUUCUUCAUCCUCCUCUUCGUCCUCUUCCUCCUCUUCAUCCUCCUCCUCCUCUUUCUCGGUGUGGUUUUGCCUUCAGUCUCAGCUUCCUUACACUCACAUUCCACUCAUGGGUGUAAAUGGAGUCUUUAUCACCAGCUCUGUUCAUUUACCCAUGAUGCUCUGCUCUGCUCCAUCACACCCUCUGAAGUGCAGCCUGUAUUUAUUAUUUUUUGAGCAUGUGUUCGCCUUAAGCCCGUGUAAAACCGUGUGUGAUUCUGUCAGAAUUUAGAUGUGAACAGUAGAGAAGUGGUCCGUCCGCUUCACUUCGGACAAACCAUUCCAGUGAGUAUUUGUAAAUGACAGAACUAAUGUUUCAACUAUAGAAACAUAUAUUUAAAGAUGAACAUAUGAUUGUGUACAAAUGGAUUUAUUGUUGUGUUUGUGUAAAUGUCACUCAUUAAACAGAUCGCUGUACAAAU